GACAAUCUGAACUUCAUACGUUGUCUGUUCACAAGCGCGUUGCGCGAGUCCAGUUGGCGUCCAUCUCAUCAUCGUUCGUCUCGUAGGUUAUGUCGCGUUGAUAGCGCGCGUUAAAAUUGCGAUUGCGUUAAAAUCUGUAAAAUCACACGCGAAUCUGUUUCAAUCUAUGACUCCGUGAGCGAGAAAUUAAACAGAUCGUAGAAUCGCACGGCAUUCUGUCCUCCAUCAUUAAAAAGAUCGGGUGAACACCCUCGAGAAUCUCCGCUUAUUGCGUUGCUUUUUGCUAACAUUGAAAUUCCGGAGAUUCUCGCCUUUGCUUUCUUCGCGGUGAACGUGACGUAAGGAGAAGAGAAAGAAAGAAGGAAAGGGAGAUAGAGAGAAAAAAGCCGCGUCCAAAUCGACGCCCGACAGGAUAAAUACGACGUGGAGGAAAAGAAGUAAGUAACUACGAGAUGUCGGCGUCUCCUAUUGCCAGACAGGCCACCCAGAGCCAGAGCAUACCAUCUAAGAGGAUCGUCAUUCAUGAUCCCAACCAGUUACCAGUCGAUUACUCAUCCACUCCCGGAGGCACGCUCUAUUCCACGACGCCGGGAGGUACUCGCAUCGUGUACGAACGUGCGUUUUUAAUGAAUUUGCGAAACUCUCCAAUAUCACGAACGCCACCACGCAACCCGCUGACUAUACCGUCUGAAUUACUGAAGGGGAACACUCCGGUCAUCACGAAAGAUCCCGCAAAAAAUACUAAUAAAGACUCUCUGAUGAUCGAGGAAUCCGCGGAGCAAUUUGAAAUGGAUAUGUGAGACAAAUGCAACAUGCUGUUGUUUAUGACGAUUGAAAUGUGUUCGUAGCCAUGCUCAAGAAUAUUGUCAAUCAGUUUUAUGACAAUCGCACAGAGUUGAGAGUACAUGGCUAAUACGCUUUAAUCCUGUGCCUUUUACCAGUGGUCUUAAGAAUUGUGAAUCUUAUAAAAAGAUUUUCUCCUUGACGAAAGGCCAUAUCUUAUUCACAUACAUAUAUUGUAUAUUGUAUACAAAUCAUUUUAUUCUCGACGCUUGUUCU